AUGUCUCCAUUUUUGUUAUUUUCUUCGACUCAAUUUCUUUCUUUUUCCGUUCAUUUUUGUCACCUUUCUUCUUGUCGCGCGUUUAGUUUUCAUUCGUUCUUUGUUUUGCUCGUUUUUUAUUUAUGUUUUUUCUUUCUUUUCUUUUCUUUUUUCAUUCAUUUCCUUCUUUUUAAAGUGUUUCUUAUUUAUUCUUUUUCCUUUCUGCUUAAUUGCUUCACAUUUAUUAAAUCUUUUUCUCUUUCUCUUUUUUUUUCUAAUUUGAUGUUUUAUUUACUCUUGUCUCUUCUUUUUCGUAUUGCCUCGUUUUCUUUCUUUCUUUCUUUCUUUCUUUCUUUCUUUCUUUCCCCCUCGUCGUCGUCGCUUUGUUGUCUGUUUUACCUCUUUCUCUUUUUCCGUUGCUUGUCUUCUUCUUCCCCCCCUCCUACAGUGUCUUCAUCUUACCUUCUUAAGCUUUAUUGCUUUAUCCUUGUCAUUACGGGUAUUUUCUCUUCGCCUUCUUCUUUGUCGUCCUUUCAGUGUACAGAUUUUCCUUUCUCUUCUUCGUUCUCGUGCCCCUUUUUUUUUUUUUUAAAAAUUUUCAUUAUUAUUAAAAAUUUAUCCCCGCCUUUUUAUCUUUUUUAUCUAUCUAUUAUCUAUUAUCUUCCUUUUCAUUUUUUAUCUAUCUUUUAUCUAUCUAUAUUUUUAUUAUCAUCUUCAUUAUCAUCUAUCUAUUAUCUAUCUAUCUAUCCUUUUUUUUAUUAUCUAUCUAUCUAUUAUUAUUUUUUUUUUAUUUUUUAUAUUUUUCAUUUAUCAUUAUCAUUUCCCCUUUUAUUAUUAUUUUUCCCAAAACCCCCAAUCUAUUUCUUCCCUUUUUUUAUUACUAAACAAUCUUUUUUUUAUUUUUCCCAAAAAUUUUUUUUAAAAUUUUUUUUUAUUAAAUUUUUAUUUUACCUAAAAAAUUUUUUUUUCUUCCCUAUUUCUUUCCAUUAA